AUGAAUUUCCAUUUUUACCUGUUCUGCAUUUUUGUAAUAAACAAACUUCUGCAAAAAUGCUUGAUCGGAUGUAACCAAUUGAAUCUAAACGAUAAAGGGAAAGAACUGUACGAUUAUUUUGUUUCUACUGAUCUGAAGGACGAUAAGGAAAAGAAUAAUAAGAGCAAAGAGACGUGGGGAAAUUAUUUGCCUCAUAAAACAGGAAAAGUGGAAAUUAAGCAUCACGAUGGGCUGGAAACAAAAGAAACCGAAAAGUUAUAUGACAAAAAGGAAUUGGAUAAUCAUAUAAAUGAACUAAAAAUGCUGCAUAAACGUUUAAAAAACAGGGAUAUUGAUUUAAAUGGGCAAGCAAAGCAUGGUAUAGGUGAAAAUUUAAGUAGUACUAAUAAUAGUACGAUGCUUGACAACAAUGGAACGGGAGAAAAAUCAUAUGAAGAAAAUUUAGCCAAAUAUGUACUAAAUGAAAUUAACAAGAACGAAAAAUUAAAUAAUGAAAAAAAAAGUUACGAAGAAUUGAACCUAUUAGAGGAUAAUUCCAAAAAAUUACAAAAUGACAUUCACAUGUGGUUACAAUCUGUUCAAAAUAUAACGGAAAAGACAGGUAAGUUAAAGGAAAUUAAAACUCAAUUGCUAAAUAACAUCGCUUCAUUAAAUGAAACAUUAACUGAAGAAAUUGAAAACAUAAAUGAAAUAAAAAAAUUGCAAAAAAAACAAAAUGAAAUAUUUUCAGAAAAUUGGCUCUACUUUUUGCCUUCCACGUCUGGUAAUUUAAUGAAUGAAAACCUGAAUUCAAAUUUUCAUGUAUUAAAUUAUUUUGAAAAUUUUAAUAGAAAAGAAAAUGCACAACAUGCUGAUAGACAGCACACCGAUGGACAGAACACUGAUGAACAACAUGAAAAUGAUAAAAAUGAUGAAAAUAUAAGGAGUAUGCAGAUUGGUAAUGAUAGUAUGGCCAAGUCCUCGAGUUCGUGCUACUUCUUCAGUUACAUCGCCCUGUUCCUUGUCGUCCUUUUGCUUAGAUAG